AAUUUCUAAAAAGAUUCAAAAUAAAAAAAUUAUGCCAAAAAUAUUGGUUAAACCCUAAAAAAUUGUUAAAACCUAGAAGAGGGGUUUUGGGAAUGAAUUUGUGUUUAUAAAUCCACAAGCCAUGUGGGCAAUAUCAUCAACAACAACAACAAAGACAUCAUUUUUAUUCAAUAAUUUCCAUUUCAACAAACAUUUGACUCUUCCAAUUCGUCUUCUAAUGUCUAAUUCUAAAACUGCUAGGGUUUCUGAUUCUUCUUCACCUUCUUCUCACGCGUCACUCAAGCGCGUUGGUACUCACAAUGGAAGCUUCCAUUGUGAUGAAGCUCUUGGUUGCUUCAUGAUUCGUCUCACUCGCAAGUUCUUCAAUGCUGAAAUCGUUCGCACUCGUGACCCUCAGGUGUUGGAGGGUCUUGAUGCUGUUCUUGAUGUUGGAGGUGUGUAUGACCCUGCCCGAGAUCGAUAUGAUCAUCACCAGAAAGGAUUUGAGGAGGUUUUUGGGCAUGGUUUCUCCACUAAAUUGAGUAGUGCUGGUCUUGUUUAUAAGCAUUUUGGAAAGGAGAUUAUAGCCAAUGAACUUAAAGUAGAUGAAGAGCACCAAGAUGUGAAUUACGUAUAUUUGGCUGUUUACAGGAGCUUCAUGGAGGCAAUUGAUGCUGUAGACAAUGGAAUCAAUCAAUAUGACACAGACCAGCCUCCAAAAUAUGUGAAUAAUACUCAUUUAUCUUCAAGAGUAGGGAGGUUUAAUUUGGAUUGGACAGAUCCUGAUCAGUCAUCUGAGAAAGAAAAUGAGGCCUUUCAUCGUGCCAUGGCUCUUGCUGGCAGUGAGUUUCUGGAUAGUGUUCGAUUUCAUGUAAACUCAUGGUUACCAGCAAGGUCAAUAGUAAUGGAGACUGUGGCGGCUAGACAAACUGUUGAUCCUUCUGGAGAAAUUUUAGUUUUGAAAAAAUUCUGUCCUUGGAAGCUUCACUUAUUCGAGCUUGAGGGUGAGUUGAAAAUUGACCCACCAAUCAAAUAUGUUCUGUAUCAGGAUGAGAGAAGCAAACAGUGGCGAGUGCAGGCUGUUUCAGUAUCUCCCGAUAGAUUUGAGAGCCGGAAGGCUUUACCUUCACAGUGGCGAGGCUUAAGGGAUGAUGUGCUCUCAAAGGAAGCUGACAUUCCUGGUUGUGUUUUUGUGCAUAUGAGUGGAUUUAUUGGCGGAAACCAAACUUUUGAAGGUGCCUUGGCCAUGGCCAAAGCUGCUUUGAAGAUGUAGGCAGAGGAUUGUAAAAUCAUCCAUUAAUUUUGCAGAAUCUUUCAGUCUUGUUUUCUGAUUGAUUGCAUUAAAGAGACAGAAGGGGAUAGGAACAUUGCCUUAAAAGAUAAUUAUAAUCAUAAUUGCUGAGUUAUUAACUUUCUUUACUUAUGUAUGUGGAUCUAUCUUAUCCAAAAUUUCGUUUUGUAAUUUAACCUUGUA